GGGCUGGAUUGACACACAAUGAGGAGCACAAGCGGGGGAGAAGCUCCGCAAACGCCGCUGUAAAUAAAUACAACAAUCACUGAGGCCGGAGGAACAUGGAGAACCAGUGCACAGUGCAAGUGAAGUUAGAGUUGUGCCACAGGGCUCAGUUGAAGAAGGAAGUGACAUCAGAAGGCUUCACACACGACUGGAUGGUGUUUGUUCGAGGGCCAGAGACCGGCGACAUUCAGCAAUUUGUAGAGAAGGUUGUCUUCCGCCUGCCUGAGAGCUUCCCAGAACCCAAGAGAGUAUGUAAGGAGCCUCCAUACAAAGUAGAAGAAUCGGGCUGCGCGGGCUUCCUCAUGCCUAUUGAGGUUUACUUCAAGAACAAGGAGGUGCCAAAAAAGGUUUGCUUCAACUAUGACCUGUUCCUCAACUUGGAGGGCAACCCACCCGUUAACCACCUGCGCUGUGAGAAGCUCACCUUCAACAACCCCACCAAAGAAUUCAGGAGAAAGCUGAUUAAAGCUGGGGGGGUGAGGCUGACCGACUGAGAGUUGGUCAACUGAUUGUACUGACCACCAUUGCCAAUACUAUGAAAGGUGAAGCAGAGGUAAUCAGAAAGCGUUAUAUAAACGAUAACACCUGUGCAUUAUUCACCCAGGGUUUUACACCAUCACCAACCCUUCCCUCAGUUCUAGUUGAUGACCUUGUUAACAGUUUCAGGUCCAACGUUAUGACUGUUAUUGAUUCUAUCGCCCCAAUUAAGACCAAAGUUCUGUCUGGGAGGCAAAAGUCACCCUGGAGAAACGCCACACUGCAGAGAAGGGUAUGUAGUGAUGAGGCAUUGUGACACCGUGGCUGACCUGAAACGUCAGCUUCCUACCCCCUGCAGAGGCGACACCUUGGAAGUAGCUUCAACAAAGACUUGAAACACGGGAAUGCCAUAUGAUGAAGUUCCUGACUGACUAUGGGGUAGUUUCCAACUGAAUGAUAUUCAUGCCGAAUGCCCGAGGACGGCAUUUGGCCACAGAUCACAUCUGAUUGUAAAUACCCUUUAAUUUCUUUUCAUCUUUCACCUUUAGCUUGUUUGUUCCUGCCUUUUGUGCUUUGAACUUACUGUAUAAAAAGUCCUGUUGUCAAACCAUUCUUGGUCAGCACACCAACCCAGCCAUGCACUGCGUUGGUCUGCUCACCGCCGGCUACUGAAUAAAACUCAAUACACCACAGCAGAUUUCUGAACUGGAUUUUACAUUAUUCCUCAACAGUAGACAAGCAGAACGCAGGUGGCGCAAAAACAAACUCCAGGUAUUUUACAACAUUGAUAAAGAGUCUUUGCAACUAUAACCAGAAACUGAAGAAUGCAAGCCAAUCAUAUAUUUCAGAGAUUAUUGAUGGAAACCGUAAUAAUU